AUGGCUCAAGGAGCCGUCAAGAAGACCAAGGCCGCGGCACCUAAAAAGCAACGCGUUCAGCACGGCGCGCGCGUAAUCAAGCCCAAGAAAGCGUCAAUCAUAUCGCAGAACAAGAUCAAGCACAAGAGUAGCGCCGGUCUAGUCGGGCAAACGGAGAAGCUUCUCGCGCAAAAGGCCGGACAUUUGGAGCUGCUCAAGGGAGGAAAAAAGGACAAGAAGGAAGGUGGAGACAAGAAAAAGUCUGGCUGA